AUGUUGCCCUUUGUAUGCCAUAGCUGCUUCAAGACCUCUCUUGUUAAAAUUAAACCAAUUUCCAACCAAAAAAAAUUGAUUAUCCCUCCAAUUACUUCUUCAUAUACUUCUUCUUCACCCUAUUUAAACAUUCAAUUUAGUUUCAUUAUAUUAAAACGAUAUUGGUAUAUAAGACCCAAUGAUCAAGCAUCUGAACGUGUGGGUAGAACAUUGGAAAGUAUGAUCACUUUAUCUCCAAUCGUUAUUCAUCUUUCUGAUAUCAAGCUCUAUGAUAGACUCGAUUACAUUAUAUCAGAUUUGCUAAAGGAUUUUAAGGCCGAGUUUGAAGAUCAACAUCACGAUAUAGUUGAACAAACAACUAAUAAGUUGCAAACCUUCAUGAUGACUACUGAGAUGAUGUCAAAGGUACGUGUGGUUAUAGCAUUAACGAUUGAUCAAUAUUGCGAUGGUAGAAUUUUGUUAGCAUUGGAAGAAUCAUCAUCUGUUGUUGGAAUGGUACCGGCUAGUAAAUCAUCAAUAGAGUUGCUAGAGACGAUUGAAACUGAUGAAAGAAAUAACAACGAUGAUUGUUUGGUAUGUUUAGAUGAAAUAGGGGAGGAAACUCAAGUACUGCAUUUGCCUUGUUCGCUUAUGUUUCAUGGAGAUUGCAUUACAAAGUGGUUAGAGAAUAGCCAUUACUGUCCGCUUUGCCGUUUUGAGAUGCCCACAGAUUAG